AUAAACUAUUAAACGUCAAAUAUCCCCCAUCAGCAGGCACCAGCAGUAAGAUUAUAAUCUUUUCUUUUCAAUGAGUUUUUAGACUCCGAUAAAAUUCGUGAACUUAAAUAAAAAUUAACUCUCAACGGUUAGGACCCCUCCCACGCCAUGGCCGCUCAAGUUACCAUUGAUCAGUUGGACAAAGAUCAGAUCAAAUCGUUCUCCGAUUUCCUGCUGUCCUACAACAAACUCUCGGAGCUGUGUUUCAUCGAUUGCGUGAAUGAGUUUACCGGCCGUAGCAUUUCCGACAAGGAGGACAAGUGCUCCUUGAACUGUAUGGAGAAGUUCCUCAAGAUGAACCAGCGAGUUUCACAGCGGUUUCAGGAAUUCCAAAUGUUGGCCAACGAGAACGCCCUGGCGGCAGCCCAGAAACUUGGUGGCGGUAAAUGAAGAUCUGCGGCACUUUCACAGAAUGUAGUUGUGUACAAAUCUGUUUUGUUUCCUUAGCAUUAAUUUUAUUUUUUUAUUCGCGAAUAAACACCGAUUUAUUGAUUUAUUCAUAAGAUAA